GAAACAAAGAAUCUGGUUAAUAGUGCUCUUGAAAUGAAUGUGGGAAUACCAGUAGUAUAUCUGCUCUAAGGUUAACCAAUAUAAAUAUAAAUAGACCUUUUCAAGUUAUAAUUAUGAAAUGCAAAAUCAUUCUGCUUCGAUGCUAAUUACUGGAAUCAGUAUGCUGCUAAAUAUUUAUAUCAGUAGCAUAUAUAGUCUCAAAAAAUGAUUUUUCUCAGCAAUCAAGAGGAAUUUGAAAAAUCUGUCGCUACAUUUUUCACUAGGAUUUCGGGCGAGAAAUGAAAAAUUAGAAAAAAAAAUCACUUGGCCGAUUAUAGCUGAAAAUAUGUCAUUUUCAAAGAAAAAAUAACAUUUCAGAAACGAAAAAAACAAUUAAAACCCAAAUCUAUACCUUUGUUCUCUGUUUCAAGGCGGUUCGAACGGUGUAAAAAUAAAGGUUCCAUCGUUCGAUAUGAGGUCGCUGAGAGGGUUGCAAUCGAAGUGUGUCAAAAUCAAAGCCUUCUAAAGUUUGACGAAAGUUCGAUUACUUCCGCUAGCUCAGGAACCUCGAAAUGUACUUCUAUACGUAUAUGGUGCUCUUUUGACGAAGGAUGUGCGUUAGGUUUUGGGCUUCAAUAUUAUAGGGGUUUUGGGUGAUAUUUUGGUGGGACUUAUUGGUUCUGAUGACAUCGAAGAAUUUGAGGGCUUUUGGCUCCACAAUAUGUCAACAUUAUUUGAUGGUGGUAAUGAUGAUGAGGUGAUAUUUACGGAAGAGCGUUUUGGUGAGAGGAGUGGAUGGAAUGGAGAGGUUUGUGAUAAUGAUGAUGAGUUGAUAUUUAUAGAAGAGCGUUUUGGUGAGAGGAGUGGAUGGAAUGGAGAGGUUUGUGAUAAUGAUGAUGAGGUGAUAUUUAUAGAAGAGCGUUUUGGGGAGAAGAGUGGAUGGAAUGGAGGUGGUAAGCUGGUUUCUCUCUUAAAUAAAGCGCCGCUAAUUGAAAAGCUCAGCACAUUUCUUCUUUUUGUUUUCUUAUACAUCAUUCGAUAGUUGAGACCUGAGAAAGUUUAUUUUUUCUGAAUCAGGAGUGAAAAAAUCCGAAUUCUGCCGGUAAUUCUCUAGUUUUUCUAUCAGAACUCACGUUUUAUCCAAUAAAAAUAUU